AGAUGUCGUCAAGGCUUUAUUUGAAAGCCUCGGAGCGCCCUGCGAUUGGCCGGUCCCCAUGCCUGUCUGGUGGCGGUGCUCUUCCCCGGCGAUCUUCCCCCUCCCCAUCCCCCGCUACCAAUCUUCCUUCGCCCGCUUUUCGCCAUCAUCGUGGGAGGAGUUUAGAGCGGGGUGUAGGGGAGGGGGGGGGAGCGGAGGGGGUGUGAAGUGAAAUGGAGAGUCGAAAUUAGUUAAACGGAAAAGGAAAAAAAAAAAAUGAACAGAAAAAAGAGAGAAAUAAAAUCUUCUCCAAUGAAUGGAGGCUGAGAGGGCCGAUUCACCAGUGGGGCCCCGCUGGGGAGGUAUUUGUAGCGUGACGCGCCCGCGGCUUCCCCGCACCCAUGACCCCGCGGAUAAGGUGCACCAUCCACUUUCGCCGCGCCCGCAGCCUGCCCCGGGCCUGGGCGCUGGGCUGGCGCAUCCUCCGCCGCGUUUUCGGGGCGCUGGGGCGGCGCUGGCGGCGGCGCCUUGCCCUGCAGCUGGUCCUGCGGCGGAGGCGCCGCGGGAGCCCCCGGCCCAGGUGAUGAUGCUGGGCAGCCCGCGGGUGGCCGAGCUGCUGCUGCGGCACGGAGCGGACCCCAACCGCCCCGACCCGCGCACCGGCUGCCUCCCGGUGCACGACGCGGCCCGCGCCGGCUUUCUGGAGACGCUGGCGGCGCUGCACCGGGCCGGAGCGCGCCUCGACCUCCCCGACGGCCGCGGCCGCCUCCCCCUCGACGUGGCGGCGGGGGGCCCACACGGAGCGGUGGGGCGGUACCUGCGCGACCCUCCGCCCCUUCCGGGAGCCGCGGGGGCCGCCGAGAAGGCUGCGCGCUGACCCGCCCCCGGCCGUCCCGCCGAGUCCUUGUCCCCGUGUCCCCUGCAGCCCGCCUCCCCCGGGAGUAUCCCCGCCGCCGGGUCAUCAGCGAGCCAUCGCGGGUGGCGGCGCUCCCGAUGUCCGUCUGAGGCUGGGGAGAGUGCUCCUUUGUCCUGUCAUCUCCAGGGCUUCUCCUGUGCCGCUUCUUCCUCGAGAAGACACGAGAUUUUCUCUGUUUCCUGAGAAAAAGAGGAAAAAAAAAUCCAAAACACAAUCAAGACUAGAGCUCCUGUUUAUCCCUCUCACACUCUUCGGCGGGCAGAGCACAAGCGCCAGACGGUCCUUUUGUGCUCUAGUGGGGGGAAAAAAAAAUGUAAAUGUUCACCUUUUCCUUUUUUUUUUUUUUUUUUUUUUUUUUUUUAAUUUUACAAUAAAGCUGGUUAGAGAAGUGGGAACGCUAUGUUUCCCUUACUGGCUUGCUCACUGCCCUGCAAAGCUUUGUAUUUCAGUUAUUCCUUGAGAUCCUUUUGUGUUGUUACACUCCAAAAUAGUGAACACUUUAGCCAUAUCCUUUAUAAAUUUAAUUAAUCCCCACAGCUUCUCUCCUCACCAACCCACUCAACAUACAGUUUUAACAUCAAGGUGUAACAGUGAUUGAAUGGUAAAAAUUUUAAUGCUGAUGAGCAUUACAGUUUGGGAACUACAAACAUUUUGUGUAGCUGUAUUUAUCGAAAAUCGUGGGAGAAAACAAUCGGCAGUCAGUUAGUUACUGCAUAGUUUUUCGCAUUUGGAGACCCCAUUUGCUCAGAAGAUAUAGACAACAAGCUUCUUAUUUUUAAGACAGCUUUCUGGGUCUCUAAACCAGAUAUUUGGCAAUAACAACAAAUGACCGAGUUUGGUUAUAAAUCUGGAUUUUUGUACACUUUUUGGUUUCUGUUUUCUGUUUUUCCUGUGUAAUUUCUAUAAUCUACCCGAUGUUCAUACCCCUUAUGUGUGAUUAAACACCUGCUAUUAUUCAGUAAUAAAAGACAAAAAAGAUUGGCUUAAAAAUAA